CCCAUUUAGAACGUCCCAGAGAUAGCAGUCGUAUCGUCCGUCCGCGUCCGCUUUCCCGGUAAUUCAGCUGAUGUUCGGCCACAUUGCAAGUAAGCACACGCGUCUUAACGGCUAUCCUCCUAGUGGCCACCUCCGAUAGAAGGCAGGAUCGCAAUCGUAUAAGAAGACCACGCUGUGAGACUCGAAUCAGACUCAAGUUAUCGCCCAUUCAUCAUGAAAGCAGCACUAUACGACUCGCCUAAGCCCUCCCCUCCUUACCUCACCCUCACAUCCCUUUCCUCCCCGGUGCCCACCGCCGGAUCCAUAGUAGUCAAGGUCCUCGCCUCCCCCGUCCUGCCCUACGCCGAGGAGAUCUUUCGCGGCGAACGCAUCUACCCAAAUCUGCUCCCCUACGUCCCCGGCGGCGGCGCAGUCGGCGUGGUUACCGCCGUCGGCCCCGACGUCGCCAACCCGCUCCUCCAGCCCGGCACGGGCCACCUCGUCUACUGCGACCUGACCAUCCGCGCGCGGGACGACCCCCGCUCGCCCGCGAUCAUGCUGCAGGGCAUCAGCGCGCCCGACGCGCGCGCGCAGCAGGUGCAGGCCGUGUUCCGGCACGGCAGCUGGGCGGAGGAGAUGCUCGUGCCCGCCGAGAACGUCUUCGUCAUCCCGCCCAGUAUCACCCUCGACCCCGCGACCCUCGCCGCCUUGGGCAGCGUCCUCGUGCCGUUCGGCGGGCUGUGCGACGGCGACAUAUGCGCCGGCGCCACCGUCGUCAUCACCGGCGCGACGGGCCACUUUGGCAGCGCGGCGGUGGCGGCCGCGUUGGCGCUGGGCGCACGGAAAGUCAUCCCAUGCGGUCGCUCCGAGCGCGGCGUCGCAAAGCUGAUCGAGGUCUUCGGCGCGCAGCGCCUCGCGCCGGUCGUCCUAUCCGGAGAUGCAGAGAAAGACAAGAAAGCGAUUAUCUCCGCCGCGGGCACAGGCUUCGAGAUCGACGUGCACUUCGACAUGCUCCAUCCUUUGGCGCCGCCCUCCCUCGUCGCAACCGUCAUGUCGACCCUCCGGCGCGGCGGCACCUCUAUCCUCAUGGGCGGGCUCACGACGGACGUGCCGCUCCCGUACCGCGAGGUCCUGUUCAAAGGCAUCGUCGUGAAGGGCGUUUGGAUGUACGAACGCAGGCUGAUCCCGAAAUUGCUGGGCUUGGUGGAGGGCGGAUUGGUGGAUCUGAAGAUGUUUGAUGUCGAGACCUACAAGCUGGACGACGCCAAUGAGGCGGUAGUAGCCGCUGCAAAGCGGAAUGGGGCGUGCCAGACCACUGUCAUAGUAUGCAAUCAGGUGUAG